ACGAAAUAACUCCAAGCCACGCGAAUCCCAUUUUCUCUCCUCCAUCCACAGCUGCGGAGCCUUGCGCAACCGCUCGAAACUGCGGAAGCCACCAUCGCCGUCGUUGGUUGCAAAUUCUAGCCAGGUCCAUACCGUCUCUCUCUCUCUCUCUCUCUCUCUCUCUCUCUCUGCGUACCAGUAUUUCUCUCAUUGAAGCUUUUUCCAGCCCCGCGACCAUGUGAAAUUAGGGCAAAGUUCGCCCUAAAAAGUCUAAAAUCAGAAGUUGUCGAACGAAACUUCGGGGAGGAGGAACUCGUAGCUCUGAAGAGCUCAGUGAAAGCGCCCCUGUCGCCGUCGUCGUCCGAUUUCCUUCCUUGAAUCAUUCUGGUCGUCUCCUUGGCCUCUGUCCAAGUACCAUGGAGAUUGACAAAGCAGUCAGGGAAUGUGAUGAUAGGAGGCUCAAGACUAAGUAUGCUAAUGCCAUUUAUGUCAUCCAGAGGGCUUUAGCCCUCUACUCUAUCGAAGAGGUUGCUUUCAGUUUCAAUGGUGGAAAAGAUUCAACUGUUUUGUUGCACUUACUUAGAGCUGGACAUGAUCUUAGUGAAGCGAACAAGAAAUGUCCUAAUGGGAAUCCACAAGGUUUUCCAUUUAGAACAAUAUAUUUUGAGAGCUCUUCUGCUUUCCCUGAGAUCAACUCCUUCACACAUGGAAUUGCUACAAUGUAUAGUUUGCAGAUGGAGGUCAUCCACACAGAUUUUAAGUCUGGUCUGGAAGCUUUAAUACAGAGCAAAUCAAUUAGAGCUAUAUUUCUUGGUGUGAGGAUUGGUGAUCCUACUGCGGUAGGCCAAGAACAGUUCUCCCCGAGUUCUCCCGGUUGGCCUCCUUUUAUGAGAGUGAAUCCUAUAUUGGAUUGGUCAUACAGGGAUGUUUGGGCUUUCCUCUUGAUAUGCAAAGUUCCCUACUGCUGCCUUUAUGAUAAAGGUUAUACUUCGAUUGGAAGCAUACAUGAUACGGUACCAAAUGCAUUAUUGCGAACUGGUGAUUCCGUAAGCGGUGAAGGGAAGUUUAGGCCUGCCUACAUGCUUUCAGAUGGAAGGCUUGAAAGAGCAGGGAGAGUAAAAAAGUUCUCACCAUCAACCCUUUCGGUCUCUUCUUCCAGUGAUGGCAUGUAUAAACUGGAUUUUAAUAACAGCAGUGUGCUCACAACCUCAAUCAUUGCUGUUGGGGAUGAGAUUCUAUCUGGCAUUGUUGAGGAUCACUUGGGGCCCCUGUUGUGUAGAAAGCUUCAUUCUAUUGGUUGGCUGGUGUCGAAAUCUGUGACUGUGCGAAACAAUAUUGAUUCUGUGGCUGAAGAAGUUGAACGGAUGAGAUCUACUAAUGAUAUUGUACUCAUAUGCGGCGGUGUUGGCCCUCUACAUUCAGAUGUUACCUUAGCUGGUAUUGCAAAGUCAUUUGGUGUUCGUUUGGCUCCUGAUGAAGAGUUUGAAGAAUACCUUUGGCAAUUAAUUGGCAACCAAUGUAAAGGUGAUCGGAAUGAGAUGGCUUUGUUACCUGAAGGUAUCACAGAAUUGUUGCACCAUGACAAGCUACCUGUACCUUUGAUAGAAGCAGCUGAACCUCUGUCAAACCUUUGCCUUGAAUUUCCUGAUGUUUGCAUUGGGUGUUAUCGUAAAUCACGGCAUGGGCCUCUUGUCAUCAGCUUCGAAAGCAAGGAUAAGGCAAGAAUUGAUUCAGCUGUGGUUGCAUUGCGCAAGAAGUUCCACUCAGAAGCAUUUUCUGAAAUCAAUUGAGAUAGUUCGGAUAUUUGGGCUUUGACUGGCAAGCUGGAGCAACCAAGAAGCUUACUCAUCGAUUGCAAUGUCAAACACCCACGGGAGCGCACGGGCAUUGCGCCCUCAUCCAAGUGGUACAAGGAGAUGGUGUAAUCACCCAUUUGGAGGAGAUUGCAAAUACAGCAAUGAAAGGCUAAAUUGAACUUUAUACAGCAUUCAUAGGCAAUGCCCCUAUAAUAAUUACAAAUAUUGAUGCGCUUGUCCUUGCAAACAAGCCAAUGAAAAGUAGAAAGAGGGCGGGAAGGUGAAAUAAAAUUUUAGCAGGCUGGUCCAAUGCUCGUCUUUUCAAAUUAAUUAGCUUUUUCCAUGUGCUAAUCUUAUAUUUCACCUUCCUUGAUUGGUUGCUGGGAAACCUCUGUCCCGACCUUUCGAAAAUCCUAAUUUGAUAGCUUUUCUGUCUUCUGAGGGAGGUCUA